AUGACCGCGCGCGAGGCGACGCGCGAUGCGCCCAACGCGCGGGGACGACGCGCAAAGUCAGUCGCCGGACGCGACGACGACACCAUCUUCUUCUCAUCCGUGAGAAGAUGCCUUCGCGGGUGCUCGGUCGUCCCGGCGACGCUCCUCGCGGCGCUAUCGCUGGUCACCACGCGCGUCGCGGCGCGUUCCGUCACGGACGCGUGCUUCUGGGAUCCAUCAGACGGCACGUGCUCGGCGUCCGCGACGUGGGCAUCGCGAAAUAACCUCAUACACAGCAAGCAAGGGCGGUUCAUGGCGCGCGUCCUGGUGGCGUACGAGGAAUGCGCCCUCGGGACGGACGACGCGACGCGUUGUCGAUCCCUCGCCGGGACGUGCGAUUGGCGCGCGGGUGCCACCCCGGACACCGGCGAGUGCUACCUCAGCGCGCAGUGGAUGACGAAAGAGCUCCAGGGUUGCCUCAGCGGCGACGGCGCGGCGGCGGACCCGCUGGUUCAGGAGCUCCUGGACGUGAGCGUCAACUGCCUCGACAAAUCAACCGACGAGGGCGCGUGCGACGGCAUGGGCGGCAGGUGUCAGUGGACCGACAGCCUCGCGCAGGAAGGAAUCCCGUCGUUCUGCGGGCCCAACCCGGUGCACGCGGCGCAGGCUCUGGUGGGUCUCGACGGCUUGGCGAAGAUUUUCGCCGCGGUGACCGAGUGCCCGAAGAAACCGGAUUCACAAUCGUGCGACGACGCGGGCGCCAUCGGGUGCGAGUGGAUCGGAGACCGGUGCGCCGUGAGCUUCGUCAAGACCCUGAAGGAGUCGGUCAAGUCGCCGGCCGUCGUGGAGUACCUGACUCUGCUGGAGCGGUGCGGGGUUGGUAGCGGGGGCGAGGCCGAAUGCGCCGCCGCCGGGGACACGACGGUGUCCUGCGUCUACGGACCCAAGCGAGCGUCCACGAACAUCAUACCGGAACAGUACGGCGGCGACGGCGGCGACGGGCAGGGCGGGUGGGAGGGAUCGACGCGCACGAACACGAGCGACGACUUAUCCGGUGGGUCAACGACGCCCAUGAGCUGCUACCCGAGCUACCUGUACGUGGCCGAGAAGGUGGCGCCGCUUCUCGGCGUCGCCGCCGGCGAGGACGGCGCGUGCGCCCUCGCCGAGCCGACGUUUCGCGUCGUGCAGGCGUGCGACGCGGCGAAGGACGCCGGCGCGUGCGACGCCGUGGACUACUGCGCGUGGGACGCCGGUGCCUUCGGGGGCGCCGGCGCGUGCCUCGUCGACGUGGACGAGGCCAUCUCCGCUUUGCUGCCCGAGUCAGACGCGGAUCCGAUUCGAGCGGCGGAGGAUGCGUGCGAAGCGGGAGCCGAGUCCGCGGAGGCGUGCUCCGGUAAGUCGGCGGAGGCGGAGAGCGCGGCGAGGAACGCGGGCGCCGACGUUAAGCCGGAUGGUGACGAGGACGACGACGUUAAGGAUGGGGAGGUUGGCGGGGCGGGAACGGCUGGGGCGUACUUCGUCCUCGCCGGCUUUGUCGUCUUCGCGGUUUGCUUCGCGGCGCCCGCCAACUACGUCAACGUCGCGUACAAACGGAAGGGUAAGGACGUGUGCGACGACCUCCCGCAUUGGGCGCACAAGUUCGUGCCGUCGCACUUGAGGCCGGAGGGUAUGGACUACGUCCAGGUGACGGAAUACAACCCGGACCCGGACGUGAACGUGGACGACCUUUGA